AUGGUCGAGUGGACAAAUGAAGGGCGCGCAGCCAUCACUGAUAUCUUCUCUAACCUCGACUACGAUCGAGUUACCGCCGAAUCCCUGGAAAGGUAAGUGCUUUGCUAUCACAUCCCAAUUUUAAUUCCAUAAAACAAUAAUGUACAGUAAUCUAUUAUAUUACCGGUAUGCAGUAUUGACGAAAAAUUGUCUCGAGAAAACUUCAGGGGUCUUUGGGAUUAUCACAUUGACAUACAACAACGUUCUAUGAUUUGAGCAGGUUUCCGAGAGUUUAAAGUAGGCCUAUGACUUUAUUUUCCACAUGACAGGUGUCUGUCGUGUACCCCUGGUCCCAGAGGUACUGGGGCUUCGGCAACUUGAACAACGCAGAGGCCAUCAUCAUCAACAACCCUCUGAUUGCUAAGCACAGCGUCACCGUGCUGCGAGGUCUGGACAGAGCUCUGAAGAACAUGGAUGACAUCAAGAACACAUACCCGGAGCUGACCGUGCUGCACUCAAGAAACUACAUGUGAAUCCCGACAACUUCAAGGUAGGAUUUGAACAUAGAAGCCAAUAUUCAAUGAAUACUACGUUUCUAAUUUGUUCCAACUGCAGCACAAAUAGGAAAAGGCCGGGUAGCGCAGAAAUUGAUUUAGGCAGCAUUUUCAUAAUUGCCAUAGCAUAGGCCUGUAGGCCCUAACAUUCGUUAAUUGUAUGUAUAGUUAAAGUAGCAUUUAGCUUGAAGUCAGAAAUGUAGUCAAAAAUGUAAAAGAUCUAAUCAGUUUUCUCCUAUAUAUUUUUUCUGUCCUCUAGCUGCUGGCUGAUGUUCUGACCGUGGUGGUCGCUGGGAGGAUGGGCAACAACUUCACCCCGGAGUAUCAGGCAUCCUUCCAGAGGUUCUUGUCAGUGGUCGUUUCUGCUCUGUGCAGGCCGUACCACUAA